CCGGAAGUUGUGUUUGAGACGUGUGCAGCUCUUGCUACAGGUCCACCACUACUGCUUUACCAGAAAGCAAAAGUGUUGUCCAUGGUGCUGCUGUAAGGAGUACAGUCUUGUAAAGGAGGACCAUGGCAAUGUGGAUCCAGGCCCAGCAGCUGCAGGGUGAUGCCUUGCACCAGAUGCAGGCCCUGUACGGCCAGCAUUUCCCCAUUGAGGUGCGGCACUACCUGGCCCAGUGGAUUGAAAGCCAACUCUGGGACUCAGUGGAGUUGGACAACCCAGCGGAAGAAACCAAAGCAAAGCGUCUGCUGGAUAACUUGGUGGCUGAGCUGCAGAGGAAAGCCCAACUCCAGGGAGGAGAGGAUGGCUUUCUGCUCAAGAUCAAGCUAGGUCACUAUGCCAGCCAGCUAAAGAGCACUUACGAUCGUUGUCCUUUGGAAUUGGUUCGCUGUAUUAAACACAUCCUGCAGUCAGAGCAAAGACUUGUUCAAGAAGCUACAAAUGCGAGCUGUGGAAGUGGUGGCCAGGCCAUGGACACGCUAUCACAGCGCCACCAGCAGAUCAACCAGGCCUUUGAGGAGCUCCGAGUGGCCACACAGGAAACUGAGAAUGAACUGAGAAAGCUGCAGCAGAGCCAGGAAUAUUUCAUCAUCCAGUACCAGGAGAACAUGCGCAUCCAAGCCCAGCUGAGCAGCUUGUCUUCACUGCCUCCAGCUGAGCGCACCCAGCGGGAAACCACCUUGCAGAGCAAACGAGCUACUGUGGAGGCCUGGCUCACCAGAGAGGCCAGCACACUACAGAAAUACAGGCUUGACCUGGCAGAACAGCACCAGAAGACCCUGGGCCUGUUGAGGAAGCAGCAGACUGUGAUCCUGGAUGAGGAGCUCAUUCAGUGGAAGAGGAGGCAACAGCUGGCUGGCAAUGGGGGUCCUCAAGAAGGGGGACUGGAUGUUCUUCAGUCCUGGUGUGAGAAGCUGGCUGAUCUGAUCUGGCAGAACCGGCAGCAGAUCCGGCGCUGUGAACAUCUUACCCAGCAGCUUCCUCUGCCAGGCCCCAUGGUAGAGCUGCUGAGCAAACUCAAUGCUGACAUCACUGACAUAAUCUCUGCCCUGGUUACCAGCACCUUCAUCAUUGAAAAGCAGCCACCCCAGGUAUUAAAAACCCAGACAAAGUUUGCAGCCACAGUCCGCCUUCUGGUGGGUGGGAAGCUCAACGUCCACAUGAACCCACCUCAGGUCAAAGCUGUCAUUGUUAGCGAGCAGCAAGCCAAAGCUUUGCUGAAGAAUGAGAGUACACACAGUGAAAGCAGUGGAGAAAUCCUCAAUAACAACUGUGUGAUGGAGUAUCACCAGGCCACUGGCACCCUCAGUGCACACUUCAGAAAUAUGUCAUUGAAGAGGAUCAAACGUUCAGACCGUCGAGGUGCGGAGUCGGUGACGGAGGAGAAGUUUACAGUUCUGUUUGAAUCCCAGUUCAGCAUUGGGGGCAAUGAGCUGGUCUUCCAUGUCAAAACCCUAUCCCUACCUGUGGUAGUGAUUGUCCACGGCAGCCAGGACAACAACGCAACAGCUACAGUCCUGUGGGACAAUGCCUUUGCUGAGCCAGGCAGAGUGCCAUUCAUUGUGCCAGAAAAGGUGCUGUGGCCCCAACUGUGUGAGGCCCUUGAUAUGAAAUACAAGGCAGAGAUGCACAGCGGACGUGGUCUGUCAGAGGACAACCUGGUCUUUCUGGCACAGAAGGCUUUUUCGAACAGCAGCAAUAACGCUGAGGACUACCGCAACAUGACCAUAUCCUGGGCCCAGUUCAACCGGGAAAGCUUACCUGGACGCAACUUCACCUUCUGGCAGUGGUUUGAUGGCGUUGUAGAGCUCAUGAAGAAACAUCUUAAGCCGCAUUGGAAUGAUGGGGCCAUUCUGGGCUUUGUAAACAAGCAGCAGGCACAAGACAUGCUGCUGUCCAAACCGAAUGGCACCUUCCUGCUACGAUUCAGCGACUCAGAGAUUGGGGGGAUCACCAUUGCCUGGGUGGCAGAAAACCCCAACAAAUCAGGUGAGAGACUGGUCUGGAAUCUGUUGCCUUACACAACCAAGGACUUCUCUAUUCGCUCCCUGGCAGACCGCAUCAGCGACUUGAACCAUCUUUUGUUUCUUUAUCCUGACCGGCCUAAAGAUGAGGUCUUCUCCAAGUACUACACCCCCCCACUUUCAAAAGCAGUUGAUGGAUAUGUAAAACCACAGAUCAAGCAAGUUGUGCCAGAAUUCACCACCCCAAACCCUGAACCCAGUGGAGGAGCUCCUACAUUCAUGGACCAGACUGCUUCUCCCUCUGUGAGCCACCCCAACAACUUUGGCGUCUACCCUUCCAUGGGUGAUGGCAUGUUGGAUCCAGAUGGGGAUUUUGAUCUCGAGGACACCAUGGACGUGGCUCGUCAUGUGGAGGAGCUGCUCCGCAGGCCCCUGGCCAACCAGUGGAGCAGCCAGCAGUCCUGAACCACAAACCUGAACCUGCUGCACACCCCCAGGUCUUCUCUAUCUAGAGACACCCACACCUGCAAAUCCAACUGGACUUCAACCAGGGCAAGUCAGACACUCUGGCAGAUCUGCAUCACAAUUUGCAGUUCAUGUUCAGUUUUAGCUGUCCACAAGAAGAAUGCAUCUGGUGUAGAAUGCUUGUCUACAUGCCCGAGACCUUCUUGUAACCCUGUUAUUAAAGUCUAUGUUACUGCCAUUUGACAAAAGCUUUAGUUCAUCUCCUGCUUUCUGUAGUUUCUCACUGCUGCUGUGUGGAGGCAAUUUGUUUCAAUGGGAUUUUUAUAAAAACCGGGACAUUCGGGUCGUUUUUAACAGAAGAUUUGCGUUUGUAUGUGCCUGAUGAGCUUUAAUCUGGCACCAGGAGACUUUUAUGUGAACAACACACAGCUUUUCUUAAGCCCCUUUCAGACAUGUACUCACUUUUCUGCCGCAGUUAUGAUGACAAUAUUACUAGGCUGGACCAAGUAAUGUGAAGUAAUGUUGCACUUUUUACAACACACAGGUCUGGAUGCACAUUAACAGCUGGGCACACCCUUGGUUAUGACUCUGCAUGUCUCCUUAUAAUGUGCUCAUCUAAAGGAAUGCCCUAAACACUUAUAUUUCUGUUUUGCAGUACGAUUAAGACAUUAGUCUGUGAUGCAUUUUCACACUUCCCAAUCAGGACGACAGAUCUGUCUUGGAGCCAGUGUGGGAGGGGCGGAGCAUGUUCCUCUCAGCUGUGGCGCACGCAGCCGACACUGGUGAGAAUCCAAAAGUGUGGUUACGCUUCACUGCGUGUCUGAAAAGGGCUUAAAUAUUCAAAGAACGUUCUCUUCUUCUACACAGGUAACACUGGUUAAUGUAACCAACAGUUGACAAAUGUAUUUUUUUCUGUAUUCUGUAUUUUUAUUAUUGUCAAGAAAAAACAGAAGAAUCAAAAUCAAGACUUAAAGAAAGAUUGUGUAACUUUUUUUUCUUUUCAAGGAAGAAAGCUAAAGUUUGCUGUCUUAAACAAGUGUAUGCACCGAUCGUGAAGUCUGAGUGUAGAUUGGUUAUCUGUGGAAUUCAGUGAUUUGUUCUAUCUUUUCCCUCAGAGGUUACAUAGUCUUGCUUUAAGUACAGACAAAGGAACGAACAUCUGUAAAAGCCAUAUUUUUUUUAAAAAUUCAUAAAUUCUUCUGCUUCUGUUUCUCUUUGAUGUUGUUGAACCAAACUGCCUUACAGCACAGUGGACUUAGGUGCUAUAACUGCUUAUUGAUUUGAAUAAUUUUUUUUGUUUGUUUUUUGUCAGAUGGAGUUUUAUAUUAAUUACAUAAACACACACAUUUUAUUUUUUAUGAUAUUUUGUCAUUGUUUUAACUGUACAAAGUGGCCUGAGACCCCUGAGAAAUAUAACACCGGUGUUGGUCAUUUGAAUAAUUAGAAAAAUGGGCAGUUUGUUUACCCAAAGCACUUAGGUAGUACAUAUUCAUUUGUUAAAGUGGUACGUUCACUUUCAUUACAUUAAUAAAGGGUGAUAAAACUUACUUCCUAACAACACUGCAUCCAGUAAUGCGUAACUCUAGCAUCUCCACACCUCCAAACUGGUGGGUGGAUUACUACUUGUGCGCAAAGCUGAAAUUCAAAAUGGUUAAAGACAAAGUAGAUGCAUUAAGAAAAUCCAGAGCAUUCAUUAUAUGUAUUAUCAUUAAAAAGAAGUGAAAGCGUUCAGUCUAAAAAAUAUGUCUGUCAUGACAGGUGUGCUUUAGAAGCAGUGUAAAUAGUCAGCACCGGGUCUUUUAUUUGGAAAACUGGAUGAGCUGAUGUGUCUGUAUCUUACUUCCUGCCCUCCUCAUCUGUUCAGCUUGACACUGCCUCCAUCUAAAGUGCACCUGGCAACUAUCUUAACAACGCAAAGCAGCAAGCCACUUCCUAGACGACUCCAAAAUGUGCUGCGUCACAUCAAAUAGAUUCACAAGCAUUUGGCUGAGUUGGCACAAUCAGCAUCACAACAGCUCCUGCUAAAAAUUAGGAGUCCUAAAGCCUAAAAAUUAGGAGUCCUAAAGCCUAAAAAUUAAAAGUCCUAAAGUCUGUUCCAUGAAUGGGGUGCAUAAGAGAGAAAUGUAGCUUUCCAGAUUCUGCAUUUAUGAAUUAUAUAUCCAAGAGAACACAUCCUUGACAUCAAGUACAGUCUAAUCGUGCUGAUAAAUUUCAUGCCAGUUUAUUAAGGAUGGCUUUGUAAAUAAGUGGGGGAAAAAAGCAUUGCUCCCUGGUAAAUGAUGGGCACUAUACUGUCACAUGUAGGAUGAGCGUUAAAGCAUGAAGACAACAUUGACACACAGCAUCAUAUGGACUAAACAAAAUGUUGCCUAGACAAUCUACAACCUACUAUCCAGGAUACUUAUGAUCUUAUAAUGAGUCUUGUCUUAAGUCUGACCAGUCAAACUGUCAUUAGGACUCGGGUUCAGUGUUUUACAUCACAGUUUUUGAAAAACUACUUCCAGGGUGAAGAUUUUUGGAAAGUCCGUUUCUGUGUUUACAUGUGGACAAAGAAAACAGCGAUUUUUGUCUUACAACAUCAACAACGUGCAGCUUUAUCUCCUUUUUUGACAUCAGACUGUACACCCUGUUAUUGUUUGUAGGCUUUUGAUUGGCCAAUAUUUCUAUAUAGUAGGUUAUAUCACAACCUUUUACUUCAUCUUGGCAGAAGAAUCCUGGUUUUCAAUAGAACCAAUGAAGACAGUUUUCUUGUUAUGGCUAGGGCCCACGAUCACAAAUAUUUAGAGAAUCCAAUCAGAAAGCACCUGAUGUAAGUGUAGGAGUGAUUUCAGACCUUUUGCAGAGGAACUGAAAGCAAGGAGCAGACAAAAACUUAUACCUCAGUGUG